AUGCCGCCCGCGCGCACCUUCGCAGCAAGUUCACACUCGCUCCCCAUUACUUCCUCGCAACGGCUUUCCACGCGCCUUGAAGCCCAAAUUGGCCGCGUCUCCACCUCUGUCUCCGGCACGUGCGCGAGGCGCGCAGCGGGGUGGCGGAUACGAGCCAUGGCGGACAAACCAGACGACAACUCGAGCAAUCCCUCCACGGAAUCGCAAUUCAUGCGCGAAUUGCGGCGCCGGCGCGCGGCCCAGUCCUCCAGCAACCAAUCAGACACUGCCAGCAAGGCACCCGGCGCAGACGCGGGGAGCGGGGGGCCGGGUGGAAGUGGUGCGGGAGGGGGGCCGGGAAUGCGCGACCAGCGGGCGAUUUCGAACGCGCUCAACAGUGAAGGGCUGGAGGGUCUACCAGCAAGAGCAGCAGAGCUGAUCAAACUGGGACUCUCCUUCUACCUGCCACUCUGGCCCUUUGCUGUCGCCAUCAUCACUGUCUUCACCGCUAUGUACCUGUUUCUGGGAUCAGACUUUGUGCAUCCGGGCAAGAGUUACGGGGAGGGCCGGCAACCUCCAAGCUACAUCGACCCUUAUGUGCUGCUAGAGGAGGAAGAGAAGUACAUGGAACGCAUUCCAUAUGAUAUGAGCACGUACCUAAAGGACAACUAUGAUCCUGAGCUGGAUGGUUGA